GGCACCCUCCUCCUUGCCCCCCGCCCCAAGACGUGAAGGAAGGGUCUGUGCCUCCUCCCCCACCGCCACCCAACACAACGGGAGGCGUGGACCCGAGCCCCGCCCCGUGGGCUCCGUGACGGCUGGGGGGGUGGGGUAGUGGGGUAGUGGGGUGGGGGUACCUCCCGGUGACGUCAGAGCUCCCAAUUUUCCGGCGAGUGGCUGGUGCGCUCCCGCGGCGGGGGUCGGGGUUGCGGUGCGCUCGGCGUGCGGGGGCUGGCAGGGCCGUAGGGGAGGGAAGGAAGGAGGGAGCCGCAGCAGCAGCAGCCGUCGGGAGGGAAGGUGACAGCCCGGCAGCAUGAAGUUCCAGUACAAGGAAGACCACCCGUUCGAGUACAGGAAAAAAGAAGGGGAGAAAAUCAGGAAGAAAUACCCCGACAGAGUCCCUGUAAUUGUGGAAAAAGCACCAAAAGCCAGAGUACCUGACCUAGACAAAAGGAAGUAUCUUGUGCCUUCUGACCUCACAGUUGGCCAAUUCUACUUCUUAAUCCGAAAGCGGAUCCACCUGAGGCCAGAGGAUGCACUGUUCUUCUUUGUCAAUAAUACCAUCCCUCCCACCAGUGCUACCAUGGGCCAGCUGUAUGAGGAUAACCAUGAGGAAGACUAUUUUCUCUAUGUGGCCUACAGUGAUGAGAGUGUCUAUGGCAAGUGAGCACCAGCCCCCCAGGCAUGCAGGCGAGAUGGACUGAUAGAAUGGACUGGGGGGGGGUGUUGGAGAGGAGGAAGGAGAAUGCCUCAGAAGAGGGGAAGAGAACUGGAAGUGAACCACAUGCACAAUGCCAUCACCUUCCAUGUAUUAAUUAUAACCAUUAUUUUUUAAAUUAAGGGGAGGGAGGGUAAGGGGACAGUGUAUGAAAGGGUGAACUGAAAGGUUAACCUUUAGGUUAGCACAGGGUUGGUGGGGUCCUUCACAGGGGGAUGGGAAGACUCCGCUAUUCAUAGUUCUUCUCUUAUCACAGCUGGGAGUAGUUAGCCCAUACUGGAGGCUGCUAGACAAGCCAGUGUGGUGGAGCCCUGGGAGACUGACUGGGCAGGAUGGAAAUUUUUGUGUAACCCUUUCAUUGGAUGAAAAAGGCAUGCUAUAUAUUGCACACUGACCUUGUUGCACCUUGCCCGCUGCACAGGCUGCAAUCUUGUGAGCAUUUAGUGAGCUGUGAAAUGUGUCACUCUGCCCAUACAAGGCUGUCCUAUGCUGACAGUCGUCACUCCAGCUGCUACCUGUGAAGUGUUCCAAGAGUAUUGCGUUUCCCGUCACUUCCAUCUGUAUUAGAAGGGCUAACUCUGAGGGCUGGAAACUCCUCAGCUGUGAGACACGAAGUUUGGGAAAAGAAGGAAGGAGGGUUGUUGUUUUUUUCUCUUUUCUUUAAUUGCAAGUGCUGGACAGAAAAAUUUGAGACAACUCUUCUCUUCUUUUCAGUGAAGUCAGCUGAUAAACUCAUAAGCAUAGGGCUAGAAAGGACCUUAAGAGAAGGACUAGCCCACUCCAGCUCUGAGGCAGGACUGAGUAUACCAAACAAGGCUGCUCGUCUGACUUGUUCAUAGUGAAUUUCACCAAGGCAGAUCCUGGAGGCUGCCAAAAUUAUCAAUUCAGUUGCUAAUUAGCCUACAAGUGAGAGAGCUUUUCUUGCUAUUUAACUUUAGUCUCCCUUGCUCCGCAUUAGGCAACUAACUACCAGUGGUCUUGCUACUGGUGAACACGGGAAAUUAUCUGUCAGUGUCCUUGUACCAACCUUCUGCAGAUUUGGCAAUGGCAGAAGUACUGCAGGUUCAGCCUUCCCUUCCAUGUCUCAUCCCUGUACAGCCCUUGCACCGCAUGCAUGAGCGGAAGAAAUCAGUUGCUCCCGUGUGUGUUUUGCUGGCUUUUGUGACUGGACAACAGUGCCACUCUUAGCUACAAGAGAAGUGCUUUUAGGAUUGAAGGAGAAGGGGAAUAGGUUCUCUGUAGAUUUAAUUUUUUUUAAUCAAUUUAUUUUAAGCCAGUGUUGUUCUUAGGAAGGUGCCAGAGAGAUGCUGUCCUGCGUAAGCCUUAUGCUGUCAUGCCAAAGCAGUAUUUUCCCAGUGGCACAAACAGGCAUUACCAUAACUGGUAAAGGGAUGAGGUGUGGGACAUUAACUUACUUUCAAGAAAAUUCUGGGGUUUUAUCCAAAUCAGAGAACUGGACCUGAGUUACUGUAAACAUUCCUACAUUUAAGGGAGGGACCAAGAAGGAGGAAAAGACAAGAAGGAUGAAGAAGCCACGCAGAUUGCAAAUAUGUCGAAGGUGCUGCUACAUUUACAUGAUGUUAGAUUCCAGUUCUCUGUAUUCCUCAGGAAUGAGAAAUAAACAUGAGCACUCAUCUAAUUGUGGGAGACAGGAAAUCAGGUUUCAGCCUUCUCUGACUGUUGUCAGGAACCAUGGUGGAAGCAUGAAGUGAAAGUCACUGGCAGAACUGUGUGAAGGUCAGGGAAGGCAGCGUAGUGGGGCAAGAGGGUCACUGCCCAUUUGGUAUGGGAGGUAGCAGGUGAAGGAGAGAGAAGGAGACCUUGAACAAAGGAUGCAGGCAAAGGAGUUGUAAUGGGAAAACAGAAAGUGGGGGAGCAAAGGAUGAAAUGACUGGGUUAGUUUUCCCCAAUUUUUCAUCCUGAACUUCAGGUUUGCUGUUCCAUCAUGCGCUGGUCUGGAAUAAAUGCAUUUGGAUGAGUUUUAUCUACUGCCAUCUUAAAUAACUUCAAUUUCUGCCUGCAGUGCUCAGCAGUCCUCUCUUUUUGGCCCACUUUCCUUCAAUCAUUAGGCUCUUUUCACAUCUUCUGGGUGCAAAUCCGUAUCAGUCUCUUGGUUUAGGAAGCUCUGGAUGUUCUGAAGUGGAGAACAGACCCAGGAGGCUUUCUAGAGUAAAAGACAUGAUGCAGGCAGAUGGUGUGCAUCUCUCUGCCACUGUCCCACUUGCUUAGUCACGUGCUGCCAAGCACAUGGUUGCGUGUUGUCUCAAAUGAGCCAGUACUUAGGUAUACUCAGGGGAGAAAGAAUUGGCAUCUGGGCUGCUUGGUUUUGUGUUCAGACCUCCUCUCCCCUCCUGCUGCUGGGUUUAUAAGUGUGGGACUAAUCUCAGCCAUUUGUUACACGUAGAGUUUACAGUUUAAUUUAGUUGUUCUACAGUUCUUUUAAUGGGAUUGUGGCAUUUUACUUCUGUUUUUGCGCUAGUCUGUUAUCGUACGAGGUAACGCUGGUUAUUCUUUUUUGUGUUGGUUACCUGCAGGUUCUUGUAAAGUUCAUACUACUGAGCUAAAUCAGCCAAUAAAUAAAGAUGCAUUGAAAUCACA